AAAAGGAGAACAAGACUAAGAGAUUCUACUUAAAUAUGCGCGUCAUUAUUUGGGUGCCCACUCAUCAGACGAGUUUCACGUCAAAUAUAUAAAAAAUUAUAAACAGUAUUCUCGGUAUUUUCCAAUGGAUCGCUUCGACUAUGUAGUAGUUGGCGCAGGAAUUGAGGGCUCGUGGACAGCAUACCAAUUAAUAAGGGCGAAAAGUAAACCUUCAGUUUUGCUGCUUGAUCAAUUCACUUUGCCUCACAACCGCGGCAGCUCGCACGGGCAGUCGCGAAUCAUCAGACACGCGUACGCCGAAAGUUUCCACGCGGCUAUGAUGCCACCCUCUUACGAAGAAUGGUUCCAACUUGAAAAAGACUCCGGAGAGCAUCUUUUUGUGCAGAAGCCAUUGCUCUGCGUGGCUGAUGAAACGGGAUUUGACGUUUUAGGAAAAACAAUCGCGUCUCUAAAAUUGGAGCAGAAGAAACCGGGGAGCAAAAUUUCCUUCAAGGAACUCACCCCUGAAGAAUUAGCGAGGGAAUUCCCGCAAGCGAUCUUCCCCAAAGAUCGGCGCGCCUUUGUUGAAUACAGCGCUGGGAUUUUGUUCGCCGACAAGUGUUUGCUGGCCGUUCAGAGCCAAUUCAAAAAGCUCGGCGGCGUUUUGCGGGACGGAUUUGCAGUGACAAAAAUCGAGCCAGGAAGAAUCGUGAAAAUCAAUGGAAGCUUCAGAGGCAAAGAAGUGACGGUGGCCGCGGAUAAAGUGGCGCUUUGCCCUGGGCCGUGGGCCAAGAAAAUGAUCGAGCCGCUUUUGCGCAACCAAAGCCUCCCUGUUAAAGCUUUCCGCGUUCCGGUGUUUUAUUGGAAAAUAAAGGAAAACGGCUGCGGCGCGAUUGACGUCAUUUACAAGGACCGCGGAGUCGGAGACUUUUGGAGCAUCCCCGAAAUCGAAUACAAAAAUAUGGUGAAAUACAGCAGCAAUGUCAUUUUGUUCGAAAUCGACCCAGACGAGCGUGAUUUGCGAGCGGAUCAAUCUGUGCCACCAGAACUCGCCGAACAUCUCAGAAAUCACUUCCCAGGAAUUGAAGAGACGCCCUCCAUCACCGAGACGUGCAUUUAUACGAUGACACCUGACGAGAUCAGCAUCAUUGACGUGAUUCCUGGCAGUGAUAAUAUUGCUUAUGCAUGCGGAUUUUCAGGAAGUGGAUUUAAAAAAGCGCCGAGUGUGGGAUUGAUGCUUCAGCAACUUUUGAAUCCUGCUGAUAAAAAAAUAUUUGACAUGGCACCGUUUUCCUUGUCUCGGUUUUCAAUAAACAAGAAUAAACUUUAACCAUUCACCUUCAGUUUACAAAUAAAUAAACGA